AUGACGCUCGCCAAUGAGCAAAUGCGCGCAAUGGUCAAAGAACUGCAGCAGGAGCUGGAGCUAGAAAAGGAGACGGCAAGCCACCAGGAGCUGUUGGCGCUGAUGCUUGGUUGUGGCGGCAACCAGGCACUGCAAUCGCAGCUGCAGGAGCAGUCAUCUUUGAUGCAGCAGCAGCCACAACGGCUGCAGAAACAACAGCAACGGCCACAACAGGCGCAGGGGCCAACGCGUAGCCCUGCUCAGCAGCAAUCGCAGCAGCAGCAACAACAACAGCAGCAACAGCGAUCGGCAUUGCCGAAGCCGCCGCCGCAGCAACAACAGCAGCAACAGCAGCAGCCGGCAAAGUCGCGCUCGCAACUUGCGACGAAACAGCCGACGAAGAAGAAGCCCGAUGCGAUAGAGGUCGCCCCAGGGGAGGGACAGUCGUGGACCGACGUAUGCCAGUUGAUUCGCAGUGCUCCGUCAUUGGCUGACGAUCAAGCCAAACUCGGAGUCGGACGACGAACAACGCGUGAUCGGCUGGUAAUGGACCUGCAGGACGGCGUCAACGUGGAGGAAAUCCUGCAACGAGUGCAGGAGGUCUGUGCGCAGGCUGCAGCUCCGGCCACCACCCACUUGUUGACGGAGACGGUGGAGGUCCGCCUUGAUGAGGUCGACCCUUUAGCGGUGGCAUCGGAUGUGGCGACGGCGGUGAAAACCAUCAGCUCGGAGUCAGUGAGCGAAUCCGCCGUGCAUCUCGUGAAGGCGUGGAACGGCACGCAGACGGCGUACGUCCGGAUGUCGGUCAAGGCGGCGGAGCGGAUCCAUCAGCAGCGUGUGCGAGUGUUGCACACCUCGUGCCUGGCGACACAAUUGACACCACCGACGCGGGGCCAGCUGCGGUGCUUCAAGUGUCUGGAGCACGGACACCUGCGGCAUCGGUGCAAGAGCGAUACGGACCGAUCGACGCACUGCAUCCGUUGCGGCCAAUCGGGCCACCUGGCUCGAGCUUGCACGGCAGCGGUCUGCUGUGCCGUGUGCAAGGGUCCGCACCGGGUCAACCUCGGGGGCAGCCGGGUAGCGCAGGACCUGAUGCUGCAGACGGCACGGGAACAGCGGGUGGACGUGGUCAUCGCAUGCGAGCUGUAUAAGCCGCCUCGAGACAAUGGCAGAUGGGCGGUGGACGAGGAGCAGAGUGUGGCGGUGAUCGCCACCGGAGCUUACCCCAUUCAACGCCUGUGGGGAAGUGUCCAUCCCGGGCUGGUGGUGGCCACAGUGGCAGGUGUCAACUUCGCCAGCUGCUACGCAUCGCCGAGCAUCGGGCCUUCGGACUUCGGCGCCUAUCUCGAGGCGGUGGAGUUGGCGCUCGUAGGUCACCAGAACAUCGUGCUCGCCGGAGACCUGAAUGCUUGGAACGAGGAGUGGGGUUGUGCCCGCACAACAUCGCGGGGGCACACACUCAUGGGCGCCGUUCAACACCUGCAGCUGGACGUACUGAACCGCGGCAACGUGCCCACGUUUAAUGGCAACGGGUUUGCGCGUGAGAGCAUCGUUGACGUUUCGUUUGCGAGUGCGUCAAUCGCAUUGCCGGAGCCCUGGGGGGUGAGUUUUAAGUUCACCCACAGUGAUCAUCGAUACGUCCAGUUCACCGUCGGCAUACCAGGUGUACGGGUCGAUCGUCACAGGCGUCAACAGCAGCAUCAGCCGUCGCAAACGACCAGGACAUCGGGAGUCGCGACGCACUCCGGGACUCGGUGGAAGACCUCCCUCUUCAGCAGCGAGGGUUACCAGACCGCGCUCGUUCACUGUCGCUUCGCAGAAGCUGACACGUCCGAGGCGCUAGUUGGAGCGUUAACCCGAGUUUGCGAUGCCACCAUCGAGAGGGUGGGCACGGCGAAACAUCACCAGCCGCCGAGACUCUACUGGUGGACCCCGGAGCUGAGCAUCAUGCGUCGGGAGUGCGAGGUGGCUGAGGAGCUGCUAGGUGCUGCCUCGGAGCCAGCGGACCGUGAUGUGGCGACGGCUCGUCUGCAUGAUCUCCGCAGGCAGCUGCAACGGGCGAUUCAGGAGAGCCAGAACGAGAAGCUCCAGGAGUUGAUCGACGCAGUCAGCAAUGAUGUGUUCGGUCUGGGCUACAAGGUGGUGAUGGCCAAGCUGCGUGGCCGCACCCCGCCUGAGACCGACCGAGCGUGGCCAGCCAUCGAGCGAGCGGACGACGAGGAGGUGUUGCGACCCGUCACCGAGGCGGAGGUAUUGGCGAUUGCGGACAGGAUGGCUCCUUCCAAGGCCCCCGGACUGGAUGAAAUUCCAAACGCGGCGGUGAAAGCCGCAGUCAGAGAGCACCCGGCGACGUACGUCCUGGUGUUCAACGAUCUGCUGGCGCGAGGGAAGUUCCCGAAAGCCUGGAAGGAAGCGAGACUGGUGCUGGUGCCCAAACCGGGCAAGCCACCGGGCGAUCCUUCGGCGUGUCGACCGCUGCUCAUUGAGGGAGCAGUCCCGAAAAUGUUCGAGAGGACGGUGGUGCUGGCGGGCGGCACGACGCCGCAGGCGGCGGCUGAUCUGGCGCAGCAGGUGAUCCUUAUGAUCGGAACGUGGAUGGCAGAGCGUCAUCUGCAUCCGGCCAAAACUGAGCUCAUCAUGGUGUCCACCAUGCGGCAGGGCUACGAGCAGCCCACGGUCGCCAUCGAGGGACUGGAGCGACAGCUGACGAGGUCCCUGAAGUACCUGGGCAUGAUUCUGCAUGAUCACCUGCAGUGGACCCCGCACGUCGAGUAUGCCUCGGCAAAGGCACUCCGUGCGGCGAAGGGAGUCACCCGCCUUAUGCAGAAUCACGGGGGCCCCAAGGGAGCGAAGCGGCGACUGCUGUCCUCGGUGGUGGACUCGACGCUGCGUUAUGCUGCUCCGGUGUGGCACUAG